AAUUUUGCCGACCAAAUCGUCUCCACCGACUACUCGUCGUGAUCUCCGGCGUUAUCUCUGGCGCGAGGCCCGUCUCCUCCGGGUGGAGAUGCCUAUGACGCCGGUGUUUCUCUUCUACCAUAUCCCAACCAAUUCCUCGGUACCUUCGUCGAACAAAGUCAUCUCCACUUUUGGUUUUUAAUUUUUGAUUUUGGGUUUGAGAGCUUUUAUUCCAAAGCAAGAGCUGGUGAAGAGAGUUAACAGUUUCACCGAGUUGAAGGAAAACGUAAAGCAAGAGUUUCUUCUUCUGCGGAGGGUCGUAGACUCAUUGUGCAGAUUACGCGAUUGAACAAAGACAAAAACGACUUGAUAUUGAGUGAAAAAACAGCCUGGGAGAAGCUGAACCUUCGAGAAGGAACGCUCUUACAAGGUACAGUUGCUAAAAUCUUACCAUAUGGAGCUCAAGUUAAACUCGGUGAGAGUAGUAGAAGCUUUUGUAAAUUUCAAUUUGGAGACAAUGGAAACUGAAUCGGAGAGAAACGACGAUGCCACCAUUAUCGCCGUCAAAGACAUGCGAGCUCGAUUAGAGAAUCGAAUUCAAACCCAGCACGAUGCUCACUUGGAUCUCCUCUCCUCGCUUCAACAAUCCAUUGUUCCCGAUAUAGUCCCGUCUCUCGAUCUCUCCCUCCGGCUCAUCUCUUCUUUCACCAAUCGACCAUUCGUCGCCACGCCUCCUUUACCUGAACCCAAGGUGGAGAAGAAGCACCAUCCAAUCGUUAAACUAGAAACCCAGCAGCAACAACAACAAGGUCAUGGCUCUAAAUCGAUGCUCGUCGAUUCGAAUCAGAGAGAUUCUGGUUCUGGCGCUGAAGCUGAUGGAUCUAGUGGGAGUCCCAUGGCGCUCGUGAGAGCGAUGGUUGCUGAGUGUUUGCUUCAGCGAGUUCCGUUUUCUCCGACGGAUUCGUCGACUGUGCUUCGGAAGCUAGAGAAUGACCAGAACGCUAGACCGGCGGAUAAAGCGGCGUUACGCGACCUAGGCGGAGAGUGUGGGCCGAUCCUCGCCGUGGAGACUGCUCUUAAAUCGAUGGGGGAAGAGAACGGUUCCGUUGAAUUGGAGGAGUUCGAGGUUAGUGGGAAGCCUCGAAUCAUGGUCUUGGCUAUUGAUCGAACCAGAUUGCUCAAGGAGUUGCCGGAGAGUUGUCAGGGGAACAACGAAUCGGGUCGGGUCGUGGAAACCCCUAAUUUGAUUGAGAAUUCCACAGUUUCCGGCGGGUUUGGAGUUUCCGGGUCGGGUAAUUUCCCGAGACCCGAGAUGUGGUCUGGUGACCCGAAUAUGGGGUUUAGGCCGAUGAUGAAUGCACCAAGAGGGAUGGGAAUGAUGGGGAUGCAUCAUCCAAUGGGGAUGAUGGGUCGACCACCGCCGUUUCCGUUGCCUUUGCCAUUGCCGGUGCCGGUGAAUCAGAAGAUUAGAAGUGAGGAAGAUGAUUUGAAAGACGUUGAGGCUCUUCUUAGCAAGAAGUCUUUUAAGGAGAAGCAACAGUCAAGGACUGGUGAGGAGUUGCUUGAUCUCAUUCACCGUCCUACUGCCAAAGAAGCCGCUACCGCAGCUAAGUUUAAAAGCAAAGGAGGAUCACAGGUGAAAUAUUACUGUAGGUAUUUAACUAAAGAAGAUUGCCGUCUUCAGUCUGGUUCCCACAUAGCCUGCAACAAGAGACAUUUUCGUCGACUAAUCGCUUCACAUACUGACGUCAGCCUAGGAGAUUGUUCCUUUCUCGAUACAUGUCGUCAUAUGAAGACUUGCAAAUAUGUGCAUUACGAGCUCGACAUGGCCGACGCUAUGAUGGCGGGUCCAGACAAAGCAUUGAAGCCUCUACGUGCUGAUUACUGUUCUGAAGCUGAACUUGGCGAGGCACAAUGGAUCAACUGCGACAUACGUUCUUUUAGAAUGGACAUUUUAGGCACUUUCGGAGUUGUAAUGGCUGAUCCGCCAUGGGACAUUCACAUGGAACUUCCAUACGGAACAAUGGCUGAUGACGAGAUGCGCACUCUCAAUGUCCCCUCGUUGCAGACUGACGGUUUGAUUUUCCUCUGGGUUACUGGUCGUGCAAUGGAGCUAGGCCGUGAAUGUUUGGAGCUUUGGGGAUACAAGCGAGUGGAAGAGAUCAUAUGGGUAAAGACGAAUCAACUUCAACGCAUUAUUCGAACAGGAAGAACAGGUCACUGGCUUAACCACAGCAAAGAGCAUUGUCUGGUCGGAAUCAAAGGAAACCCAGAAGUAAACAGAAACAUCGACACAGAUGUCAUUGUUGCAGAGGUUAGAGAGACAAGCCGGAAGCCAGACGAGAUGUAUGCAAUGUUAGAGAGGAUCAUGCCAAGAGCAAGAAAGCUCGAGUUGUUUGCCCGUAUGCACAAUGCUCAUGCCGGAUGGCUGUCACUUGGUAACCAGCUUAAUGGAGUCCGGUUAAUAAACGAAGGUCUUCGAGCUCGGUUUAAGGCAUCGUACCCUGAAAUAGACGUGCAGCCACCAUCACCACCAAGAGCCUCAACGAUGGAGACUGACAACGAACCAAUGGCUAUUGACUCAAUCACAGCUUAGUCGAAUUUGAUAAACUAAAGCCAAAGGUGUCAGCUUUGUUGGAUCUUGACCGUUGAAAUCGCAAUAUAUGAUGAGCUAAGCUAAUGACCGUUCAUGAAGAAUUAACAUUUGUGCUAUGUAAUUGUAAAAUCUUUAUGAAAAAUGAAAGGAAGAAGCUUUUUAACAAAA